AUGCCGACUAUUGACACGUUACAAAGGACAGGAUUGGAGCUCGCUGUUGACACAUUAUCAAGGACAGGAUUGGAACUCGCUGUUGACACGUUACCAAGGACAAAAUUGGAGCUAGCCGUUGACGUGUUGCCUACGACUGCAAUGGAACCCGCUGUUGACACGUUGCCUAGGACUGCAGUGGAACCCGCUGUUGACACGUUACCUAGGACUGCAGUGGAACCCGCUGUUGACACGUUGCCUACGACUGCAGUGAAACCCGCUGUUGACACGUUGCUUACGACUGCAGCAGUGGAACCCGCUGUUGACACGUUGCCUACGACUGCAGUGAAACCCGCUGUUGACACGUUGCCUACGACUGCAGCAGUGGAACCCGCUGUUGACAAGUUGCCUAUGACUUCAGUUGAACCCGCUGUUGACACGUUGCCUACGACUGCAGUGGAGCCCGCUGUUGACACGUUGCCUACGACUGCAGUGAAACCCUCUCUUAAUACGAUUAAGGAGAAUGUCAAAGGAAAUGUAAUUAAAGCUUUUGUAAAUGAUUCUGCUAGUAGUAUUUCAAAAGAAAGUACUAGUCAGACAAAAUUGGACAGCAAAAUAUUUAUUGAUACUACACUAAUAGAAUCCAAUACACUUAUGAAGCCUUCUUUACAAAGUCCAAUAAGAACCAAAGUUAAAGAGGUCUCAGAUAAUGAUGACAAGCACGCACAGAAGACGCAUGCGAACAAAACGUUAUCUGAAAUAACAUAUAAAAAAAGAACGGAAGAUGUUCAGGCAAUCAAAACAGACGCAAUCCCAGAAGAUCUUAAACAAGAGGCUUCUAACGGUGUCUGUGAUGUUGUGGCCAAGUGGAAAGGUAUAAAAGGCCAGUUUUCUACGUAUGACUUACUUGCAACUGUUAACUAUACAACGGAUGAGAAUGGAAACUACCCUUUUCCAGUGAGAAAAUAUGAUGAAAUAGCUAAAGAGAUAAGCAGUGAUUCAGAGAUUUUAAAUGUUUAUUUGGUCCCGUUUUCACAUGCUGACCCUGGAUAUGGUCUAACGUUUGAACAAUAUUAUCAACACAAAACCUCAAAAACGUUGAAUCUCAUGGUAACGAAAUUGACUAAGUACCCAAAGAUGACAUUUCAGUGGGCCGAGACUGUAUUUUUGGAAAGAUGGUUCAGAGAUAUAAACGAUGAAGCAAAGAAUAAAGUCCGUGACUUGGUGAAGUCAGGUAGACUGGAAAUCGUACUUGGCGGUUGGGUCAUGCCGGAUGAAGCGUCAACUCACUACGCGUCUGUUGUUGAUCAACUGAUCGAAGGGCACACUUGGCUGGCGGAACAUCUGCACGUGCGGCCGCGGACCGCUUGGGUGAACGAUCCAUUCGGAUACUCCGGAACAAUGCCUUACUUGUGGCGACAGGCAGGAAUGGAGAACCUCCUAGCUCUAAGGAUAAACCAGCCGCUUAAAGCGCGUUUGGUGACACUGAAGAGUCUAGAAUUCUUAUGGCGGCCGUAUCAUUCGACUUCCGCCGGAAGUGAUGUUUUAACGAGCCUGAUGCCCUUUACAAAUUAUUGGGUGGAUGAUGUUUGUGGGCCUGACCCUAAAAUUUGUUCAAUUUUCAACUAUCUUCACCUUCAUGAAAAGGGAAGAAGGGCAGUUGCUGUUACUGAUCAAAAUAUUGCUGAACUCUCGGAACUGUUCUACAAGCAGCUAAGGAUCACCGGGGAUCUUUACAAGUAUCGGAGUCUUUACAUUGGGCUUGGUGAAGAUUUCUCAUAUGUUUUGCCAGAAGAGUGGGACAAUAUAUUUGUAAACUUUGACAAGAUUAUGGACUAUAUCAAUAAUAAAUCGGAGUGGAAAAUGAAAAUAAAAUUUGGAACAGUUUCGGAAUAUUUUGACAAUGUUAGACAAAGAGAGACAACAUCUAAAAAUCCCACAUCUGGAAAUUCUUCAGACUUUCCGGUCAUUUCUGGCGAUUUAUUCCCUUAUACUGAAAGGAAGGGCGAGUUUUGGACCGGAUAUUACACAUCAAGGCCGUUCCUGAAAGCGUUUUCACGUGACAUCGGGUCGCUCGUGCACGCUGCUGACGUUCUGAACGUGUUGGUGACGGGCACGUUCCGGUAUUACGGUGUGACGUACGCUGGACAGCGAGACGCAGCACGUGCUCUGACGGACGCUAGAAGGGAGCUGGGCAUGUUUCUCCAUCACGACGGAAUAACAGGAACUUCUCUACCGCACGUGAUCCAAGAUUUUGAGGCAAGAUUGAUGAAAGCGCAUGCGCGAGCUCACGUUGCCAUGAAAACAAUUCUGACGUCACUUCUGUCACGUGGUAAAGUUCAGAACAGCGCGCACCUGCAAGAGGUAAUUGUUAAAGAAAAUAGUCGCGACAUUCCUCGGUACCGGGUACUAGACGUAGGCGAUGGUUCUAAUCUCGUGUUUUAUAAUCCCGUUUCAAAACGAAGAAUUGAAAUUGUAAGCGUGUACGUGAAAUCAAAACAUUUCGUAAUAAAUACACCAAAGAAGUCCCAUAUUGAAGUGCAAGUUACGGAAACCAAGGGUGGUGUUUUUAUGGCUUCAUUUGAGAUAGACAUACAAGCGUUUGGUAUUGAAGUGUAUAAAUUGUUACCAAAAGAGAUGGACCAUUCUAUUGUCAAGGAAACUGAAGUUUUUGGAGAAAGUAUAGAACUCAAAAACAAAUACAUGAAAGUGGUGUUCAGCUCGAAAACAGGGUUGCUUCAAACUAUGAUUUUGUCUAGCGGAAAUGUUAUCAAUAUUACAGCAGAUUUCAUGGUUUACAAAUCGAAAAGAAGUGGUGCAUACAUAUUUGGGCCAGAAGGGCCAGCCACAGGUUUCAAAACCGGAAACGCGGUUAUCACUACCUUCUAUGGCCGCAUGUGGUCGGAAGUGGCUGUUACAAGACCGGGAUUCACACAGAAAUACCGUCUUUACAAUACGGAUAGCCUUCAGAGGCGCGGCCUGCACGUUUCAACGUCAACCGAUAUGGCGUCCGUCGGCAUGCGUGAAAUGGAGGUUAUUUAUCGAGUCAAGUCCAGCAUCAAUAAUGGACAUAAUUUCUAUGCCGAUCAAAACGGAUUUCAGUUAAUCGGUAGGGAGACCAUGCCUACCAAGCCCAUAGCUAGUAACUACUACCCUGCAACCACGAUGGCGCUUUUAGAGGACGACAGGCUGCGCAUGACCCUCCACUUCCGACAGCCGCACGGAGUAGCCAGUCUAGCUUCCGGUCAGCUGGAUACCAUGUUGGACAGACAUACCUUCCGGGACGAUGGCCGUGGGCUUGGACAGGGCAUUUAUGAUAAUGUCAAUGUCAUGAAUGAAUUUGUCAUAGAAGUGGAAGAAAAGGCUGUCCAAUUCAAUCCGAUAGAAAAGCGUUACACGUAUGCUACAAGUAAAGCUGUUUUAUUAAACGAGUUUUUACAGAAUAAAUUACAGAUAUAUACAACUAAAGACAAUUCUGUGAAACUUAUGGACAAAGUUCACCCUUUGAAGGAUGUUACGCUUCCGUGUCAUACGUCAGUGGUCGGGUUUAGGAAUAUUGUGGAUGAUGACAUGAAAUAUUCGUACACCAGUCUAGUGCUUCAUAGAAGACCCGUGCAUUGUGGGUUAACACGAACUGAGGAUAAUUUGGAACAUUUUUGUCACGUAAAGCAAGAAAAGGUUACGAUUAAAAGUUUAUUCCCGAAGUUAAAAGUAAAAAUUGAAGAAACGUCAUUGACAUUGCAAAAUACUAAAAAUGUUUUGGAACUGGAUUCAAACAUUUUACCUGAAAAGAAUGAAUUAAGAACGUUCAAGAUUCACAUGUAA